AAGUUUUGAUUCCAUUAGGCAAUUAUAGCUUGCAAUCAUACAGAUUAAGUUUUCUUUAAAUGUUUGGAAACAGAUUUUUCUUUUCAAGGUUUCUUGAGUCACACAGAUGAUCCGUCAUUUGAAUUUACAACAAAAAUUUUUUUAUUUACUUCAUGUCAUUUAUUCAGUCUGUUCCUCAGAAACAAAUACGGACAUAUAAAAAUCUUCAGUAAGGCUUCUUUAAUGAAAAUGACUAUUGUUCACAGCAACCGCCAUGCCUGAUGUGCAUGAUGAUGGGAACAUCAAGCUGUACCUGGCCAUCUUUGUGCCACUUCUCGGACUUCUCAUCAUUGCUACAGCUGGGACAGUGGCUUACAAAAUGCACAAAAGGUCACUCAUGUUCAAACGGCAGGAAUCUGGAUAUUAUGCAAACUUCAGACAGACAUCAUCAACCACACCCAAAAGUGAAUCAUUUUGUAUAACAUUGAACCAGAUGCCUCCACAUCCAAAAGUCAUUGAUCAGCCUGUUUACAUGAAUUUUCAGCCAUCAGCAAAUCAAAUGGACCAACAAGUGGAAACCGUAGACAAUAUUUAUGGAAAUGUUGACUAUACAACUUAGAAAAAAACAUCUGUCUCAAAGUUUUCAUCCUAAAGGAUUGUAUUUUCCUGCGUCGUCUUUGAUGUUCAAAUGCACAUGUUCAGUCAGAAGCAUCGAAAGUGUGUCAACUAGAUUGAGAAGAAUGCACUGGUUUCCAACACAUGCAUGGAAACUCCAAAGUUUAAUGAAAAGGAAACUUUAUCCAGCUGUUAGGACUGGCGUCGCAUCUUAAUUAUGCAAACAUGACGUGCAGGUGCCCAUCUCUGAUUGGCUCUCAGAAGACGGUGGAGACGUCCAAUUGGUGGCUUACUGGAGGUAACGGAUAUAAAACCUUCUGAUGCGGACUUCCUGCCAUCCAUCCUCAGCUCAUCUCAACUGGCCUCACUGUCUUUCUGUCAAAAACUCUUCAUAAAAGCUCUUGGAGUUUGUAGGAGUUGGCUGCCGUUUAUGUUUGUUUUAUUAUAGUUUUAUCAUGUUUUUCUUAAUUAGGGAGGUAAGUUUUUGUCAUUUGGUUUAUUUACUUUCAAAUCAGUAAGUUUUAAUGUUCACAUAGUGUCAGGAUCUGUGUUUUUCUGUGUGUUUAUUUUGAGUUUCCUGUGUAUCU